AUGUUUAUCCAUGGGGACUGGGUGGAUAUGGUGCUGAUGGGGUUAGGGUUUCUGGGUGCCUUUUGCGACGGAAUAUCGAUGCCUCUCACUGUCUUCGUCUCCAGCAAGCUCCUCAACACCAUUGGAGCUUCCCACUCUCACUCUCAGAGUUCUUCUUCAAUGGCGGCUGACAGUUUCAUGACUCACGCUAUCAAUAAGAAUGCACUAUGGAUGUGCUACAUUGGUUGUGGCCAGUUUGUGGCUAGUUUUCUUGAAGGAUAUUGUUUUUCAAGAACAGCAGAAAGACAAGCUUCAAGAUUACGAAUUAGAUAUUUAAAAGCUGUAAUGAGACAAGAUGUCGGCUACUUCGAUCUGCAUGUAACCAGCACGGCAGAAAUUAUAGAAAGUAUCUCCGCAGAUAGUCUAAUAAUUCAAGAGGUCAUUAGUGAAAAGAUUCCAGUUUUCGUAUCAAGCAUUUCAACAUUCAUGGCAUCCUAUUUGACAGCAUUCAUAUUGUCGUGGAGACUAGCAAUUGUGGGGUUCCCAUUCAUAGUAUUUCUUUUGGUACCGGGUUUUUUGUAUGGGAGGGCAUUGAUGAACAUUGCAAGAAAAAUCAAGGAUGAGUACAACAAAGCCGGUGUAAUAGUCGAACAAGCAAUUUAUUCGAUUCGAACAGUGUAUUCAUUUGUAGGCGAGAGCAAGAUCAUCGAUGCAUACUCUCAUGCUCUUCAGGGGACCGUUAAAUUGGGUUUGAGACAAGGCUUAGCCAAAGGUUUGGCCAUUGGUAGUAAUGGCGUAACCUUUGCGAUUUGGUCCUUCAUGACUUAUUACGGUAGUCGAAUGGUCAUAUACCACGGCGCUCAAGGAGGCAAUGUCUUUGUUUGUGGAGCAUCGAUGACUAUCGGCGGAUUAGCGCUCGGCUCGGCUUUGCCCAAUUUAAGAUACAUUGCCGAGGCGAAAGUAGCUGCAGAGCAUAUAAAGAAAAUGAUUCGAAGAGUCCCAAAGAUUGAUUCGGACAACAUAGAUGGCCAAAUACUAAAUAAUGUAUCUGGACAAGUUGAGUUUCGACAUGUCUUAUUCGCAUAUCCAUCGAGGCCUGAAAGCAAAAUCUUCCAAGACUUCAAUCUGAAAGUCCCGGCAGGAAAGACUGUAGCAUUGGUCGGGGGAAGUGGAUCGGGGAAGUCGACGGUUAUUUCUUUAUUGCAGAGAUUCUAUGAUCCUCUUGAAGGCAAGAUUCUCCUUGAUGGCGUCGACAUUGAAAAUUUACAGCUUAAGUGGCUAAGAUCACAGAUGGGGUUGGUGAGUCAAGAACCCGCCCUCUUCGCUACCUCAAUCAAAGAGAACAUACUUUUCGGUAAGGAAGAUGCAUCGAUGGACGAUGUCAUCGAAGCUUCGAAAGCUUCCAAUGCUCAUAACUUCAUCAGUCUAUUGCCUCAAGGUUAUGACACUCAGGUUGGCGAGAGAGGAGUACAGAUGUCCGGUGGGCAGAAACAGAGGAUCGCCAUAGCUAGAGCCAUAAUUAAAGCUCCUAAAAUCCUUCUACUCGACGAGGCCACCAGUGCUCUCGACUCAGAAUCAGAGCGAUUAGUCCAAAAGGCUCUCGACAAGGCAGCAGUUGGUCGGACCACCAUCAUUAUAGCUCAUCGUCUUUCCACCAUCAGCAAUGCUGACCUCAUCGCCGUGAUCCAAAAUGGCGAGAUCAUGGAGAUCGGUUCGCAUGAUGAGCUAAUUCGAAACAACUCUGUCCAUUACACAAAGCUUCUUCAUUUACAACUGUCUGAGAAAACCAACAAGUGUAUUAAUUCUAAAGGCGCCGGUCCUUCUCCGCCCACCAUGAAUAAUGACAUACAUAACACAAGUAGCAGAAGUUUGUCAAUAGUUAGUAGAUCUAGUUCGACCAACCAUGGCGAUGACCUCACCGGAACUGCGACUCGUGAUCAAGUAUUUCCGACACCUUCGAUGAGAAGAUUAUUAGCCAUGAAUUCGCCUGAGUGGAAGCAAGCCACAUUAGGAUGCAUUAACGCGGUAUUAUUCGGUGCUAUUCAGCCCGUGUAUGCCUUCACAAUGGGAUCAAUGAUAUCCGUUUAUUUCUUACCAAACCACGACCAAAUCAAGGCAAAGACGAAGAUGUAUGCUCCUUGCUUUCUGGCGUUGGCAAUAUCAUCCCUUUUGGUCAAUGUUUUUCAACAUUAUAACUUUGCAGCAAUGGGGGAACACUUGACAAGGAGAAUAAGAGAAAGAAUGCUGUCAAAAAUUCUCACAUUUGAAAUCGGGUGGUUCGACAAAGAUAAAAAUGCAACCGGUGCUAUAUGCUCCAGACUAGCGAAAGAUGCCGGCAUGGUGAGGUCUCUGGUAGGCGAUCGGAUGUCGCUGCUUAUCCAAACCUUCUCUGCAGUAAUGAUCGCGUGCACCAUGGGACUUGUCAUCGCAUGGAAGCUUGCUUUAGUAAUGAUCUCCGUGCAGCCGUUGAUCAUUAUAUGUUUCUACUGCAAGCGCGUUCUGUUAAAGAAAAUGUCGCAAAAAUCUAUGAAAGCUCAAGAUGAAUGUAGCAAGCUUGCAGCGGAAGCAGUCUCCAAUCUCCGGACUGUCACAGCAUUCUCUUCUCAAGCUCGAAUACUCAGAAUGCUCGAAAAAGCACAAGCAGGGCCGCGAAUGGAGAGCAUAAGACAGUCGUGGUAUGCAGGCAUUGGACUCGGAACUUCUCAGAGUCUCAUGCCACUCAGUUGGGCCUUAAGUUUUUGGUACGGUUGGAAGCUGAUGGCAGAAGGUUUCAUUGACUCAAAGGCGUUGUUUCAAACCUUCAUGAUCUUGGCGAGCACAGGACGUGUCAUCGGCGAGGCUGGAACUAUGACCAAUGAUUUGAGCAAAGGUUACGAUUCAGUUAAAUCUAUUUUUGCUAUCUUGGACCGGUGUUCGUUGAUUGAACCAGAAGCUCCGGCAGGUGUCAAGCCAACUAAGCUAACAGGCCAUGUUGAGCUGCGCGACAUCGAAUUCGCUUAUCCAUCUCGACCCAAUACAAUGGUGCUUAAAGAUUUUUCCAUAGUGAUUGAGGCAGGGGAAUCUACUGCGCUUGUAGGCCAAAGCGGAUCCGGAAAAUCAACCAUUAUAGGCUUAAUUGAACGAUUUUACGAUCCUCUUCGAGGAGAGGUUAGAAUCGAUGGACAGAACAUCAACAGAUAUCACUUGAGGACUCUAAGGAAGCACAUUGCACUGGUCAGUCAAGAGCCAACGCUAUUUUCCGGCACGAUCAGACAAAACAUAACUUACGGAGCAUCAGAAGAGAUCGACGAAGCUGAGAUCAUAGAGGCAUCCAAGGCAGCAAAUGCUCAUGAUUUCAUAUCGGGGCUAAAGGAAGGAUACGACACUUUCUGUGGAGACAGAGGAGUGCAGCUGUCCGGAGGCCAAAAACAGAGGAUCGCCAUUGCUCGCGCCAUACUCAAGAAUCCGACGAUCUUAUUGCUGGAUGAGGCGACAAGCGCGCUCGACAGCCAGUCGGAGAAAAUGGUGCAGGAAGCAUUGGAGAGGGUGAUGAUCGGCCGGACAAGUAUUGUGGUGGCGCACAGGCUGAGCACUAUACAGAAUUGUGACAUGAUCGUAGUUAUGGAGAAAGGAAAAGUAAUCGAGAAGGGAACACACUCGUCGCUACUAGCUAAAGGAUCGAAUGGAGCGUAUUUUUCCCUCGUUAGUCUUCAGAAGUCGCAAUGAAUAUAUAUAUAUAUAUAUAUCCAUUUUUCUUAAAUGAGUUUGUAUUUUUCUUUUGUAACA